AAGCGCGAGGUCAAAGUAGAAGGAGAGAGCGAAGCGAGUUGAAGUGAGUUGAAGCGAGUUGACUCAGAGAUGGGAGACGAGGUGACUCGAGUAAUGGUGGCGGUGAACGAGUCGAGCAUCAAGGGUUACCCUCACCCUUCGAUCAGCAGCAGAGGUGCUUUCGAAUGGACCAUCAACAAGAUUGUUCGUAGCAACGUUUCUGCUUUCAACCUUUUCUUUCUUCACGUUCAAGUUCCUGAUGAAGAUGGUUUUGAUGAAACAGACAGUAUUUACGCAUCACCUGAAGAUUUUAGGAACAUGAAGCAGAGAGAUAGAAUUAGAGGGAUUCAUCUGCUGGAAUACUUUGUCAACAGGUGUCACGAAAUUGGGGUGGUCUGCCAAGCAUGGAUAAUGAUGGGUGAUCCCAAAGAAGUAAUAUGUCAUGAAGUGAAACGACUAAGACCAGAUUUUCUGGUUGUGGGCAGCCGAGGUCUUGGUCCUUUUCAAAAGGUUUUUGUUGGCACUGUGAGUGAAUUUUGUUGGAAGCAUGCUGAAUGCCCUGUGAUUACUAUCAAACGCAAACCUGAUGAAACUCCCCAGGACCCUGUUGAUGACUGAUAUUUUGAUACACCAGACAUUGAAGAUAGAUUACCUAUGUGUAUUUGGUUAUAAGAAAAAAAAAAAUUGAAUAACAUUCAAGAUUAAGUAGUGGGAACAACAGCAUCAAAUCCUACUUUUGGUGCUUCUUUGCCCUUGUUCCUCUUAUCUUCUGUGUUCAUAAGUGUUUGUAACUCUGUAAGUUGGAUGCUGUUAUAUUGCUCUUAAAUGUGAUGCAGGCAUUAUUUUACCAAAA